AUGUUAUUUUUUAAUAGAGAUGACUAAUAAUAAAAUCGUUAACUCAAACAUGACCUAUUAAUAAAACACAAGUUAUUAAGGUAUUAUUAUUAAUAUAAAUAAAAGACCAAACGACCUUUUAAUAUAAACGAAGAAUUAUAUAUCUGAUCAUAAAAAAUAAAGUAUCAUUAUGUGGUAGAUUGGAUUAAUACUCAUCUAAACAGUAAUAGGAUUCAAAGACUAUUCAUACUAUUAUAGUUCCAUUUUUGGAUGGAAUUAAUAGCCGAUUUACAUGCAAAUAUGCCUGACAUGCACCCUCAUUAAUGUGUUUGUAAUUAAUAGUGUUAAUCAUAGCUUAUGCCUCUAUUUGUCAAUGUGUUACAGAAAUAGUAAUAAAAACUUAAUCAAAUGGAACUUAAUAUGUCUGCCAUCCAAGAUUUUAACCAUGGGGUUCAGGAGGGUUUCCUUAUAAAGAUAUAUAUUCAGUUCAUUGUGGAUAUGCAUUAGGCAUGUCAUUAGUAAUGGAGUUGUAAUCAGAUGGACAUUAUAAAUAUUUUUGUUAAUGUAAGGAUUGUUAAUCUAUGAAUUAGACUUCUCAAGUUUUGAAGGAUAUAGACGGUGUUUGAUAUUGUCCUCUUAGUAGGGUUAUUUAAAAUGUUUGUUUUGUAAAUUUCCUUACUCUGGAUAUUAUUGCAAUGACUUCAAUUUUAAUUAUGAUUAAAGAUAGACAGAUCCACCAAGAAGUAAUUCAAAUAUGAGUAUUAUAGGGUGUUUUGGAAAUUGUAUUGAAUGUUCAGAAUAGGGAGAAUGUUUAACCUGUAGAUAUGGUUAUGCAAAAAGUAAUUCAUUAGAUACUUAAUGUAAUUUAUGUAAUUAAUAAAUAAAAAUUUAUAGAUUGUUAAGGGUUUCAAAGUUGCUAUCGGGAUGGAAAUGGCAAUAUUGUUUAUAGUUCUGAUUGUUAAUAAGGCUACAUAAAAAGUUAAAAUUAUGAUCCUCCUUAUUGUGCAGGUUAUUAUAUUAAAACGACUAUUUAGGCAAUUAUUUACCUUGUUAAUCACCAUAUUCUUGGAAUAAUUCAAUUAGUUGUAAUUCUUGUUAAGAUGGAUAUUUUUUAAAAUAUAAAUAUCCGGAUAAUUGGAGUGAUAGAGAGUGUUAGCAAUAUGAUUGGAAUUGUCACCCUUUCAGAUAAUAGACACAAAAUAAAGUAGUCAAUUCUGGUUACUUUCAAUUUUAUGUAUUGAAUUAUAUCAUAAAUAGACAAUUUGCAAUUAAUGUGAUCCAGGUUUCUAUUUUAACGAAGGAACAUUCUAUUGCACUAGUAAUAAUUAAUUUACAACUCUUUAGAUGUUAGAUUUUCGAAACCUAAUAAAAAUAAUUGUAUCCUAUUAGAUCCACAAGGAAAUAAUUGCAUAGCCUGUUUGUUGCAGUAUGCACUACAACCAGAUGGAACAUGCAAAGAGGUUGUUUGUGAUUAAAAAUGUUCUACUUGUUUGGAUACCAAUCCAAGUUAUUGUACAACUUGUGAUAGUUUGGAAAAUAAAAUAGCUGAUAAUGGUACCUGCAUAUGCUUACCAAACUCUGGUAUGGCACAAGAUAAUUGCAUAACUUGUACAGAGGGUUUUUGCAAUUAAUGUGACCAGCUGGACUUUUAUUCAUGUAUUUCAUGUAAAUCGGGAAAAAACAGAAUACUAGCCAAUAAACUAUAUGAUUGUAUAACUGGUUAUUAUGAUCCUGGAAAUGAUGAUUAAAUCUGUCUUGGUAAAUUAUUUGAUUCAUAUUUUAGUUUGUGAUUAUACUUGUUUUAAUUGUAACGGUCCAACAUAUUAAGAUUGUACUGAAUGUCCGGAUGAAAACACAACGAACAGAAUUAAAAUUGAGAAUGCUUGUCCGUGCAAAACUGGAUAUGCAGAUUUGGCAAUUAAAGAAUCGAAAUGCGGACGUAUUAAUUAAAUUAAAUCUUAGCAUGCCAUCCAAGAUGUAAAACAUGUUUUUAAGCAGCUGACUAAACUUCAAAUUAAUAUUGUCUAAAAUGUAUACCUGGAUAAAAUCGUGUUGUUUCUGAGACUUUUAACUGCGAAUGCUAAGUUAAUUCUGGUGAUCUAAAUGGUACUCUCGAUGUUUGCAUAAGUAUUUCAUAAAUUAAACAUAGUUUGUCAUUACACAUGUGGAAGUUGUAAUGGUACUAAAAAUACAGAUUGUGUAUAAUGUUCAGAAAGUUCUAAUAGAGAAUUGACAACUACAGGGGAAUGCUUGUGUAAAUUAUCAUAUUAUGAUGAUGAAACGGAAAAUAUAGAGUGUUAAAGUAAAUUAUUAGAAUUUAUCAAUAGAAUGCCAUUAUUCAUGUAUCACAUGUGAAAACAGUACUGAAAAAGAUGCAUGCUCACUAUGUCCUCCAACUAGAAAACCUAGUUAUUCUGGGAGUAAAUUUGAAUGCAUCUGUAGUUCUGAAAAUUAUUUUGAUGAUGGAUUUUCAUCACAAUGUCAAUAAUGCGAUUAAAAUUGUUUAACAUGUAAUGGUCCUUUACCGUCAAAUUGUCUAACAUGUGAUAUACAUUAUAGAUAAAUGGAUUUAUCAUCUUGCAUAUGUCCAACUAGGCAUUAUGAUAUUGGAUUUUUAGAAUGUGCAAGUAAUUUAAGAAUAUAUUUAUAGAAUGUCACUACUCUUGCCAAUAAUGUUUUGAUAACACUUUUGAUAGUUGUAUUGUUUGUUCUCUUGAGCUUAAUUUUAGAGUAUUAAAAGGCAACAUCUGUAAAUGCAUUGAUGGAUAUUAUGAAGAGAGCGGGAUUGCUUAGUGUAAAAGUAAUUAUUUGAAUAUUAAUAAUUUAUAGAAUGUUCAUACAGAUGUGAAACGUGUGAAACAUCAGCAGAAAAAUGUUUAACUUGCCCUUUAAAUUCUUUACGUAUACUUGAUCCUUCGAAAGGGUGUUAUUGUCCAGGAGAAUAUUACGAUAAGCAAGAAGAAAUAGCUUGUUAAAGUAAUCUUCCUAACUAUCAAAGGAUGCCAUUUCAAAUGCAAAACAUGCGAUGGAAAGGAUUAGAAUAACUGUCUAGCAUGUGAUUCAGUUGCUAAUAGAGAAUUUCAUGAGAAUGAAUGCAAAUGCAAACCACAUUACUUCGAAAUGGAAGUUUAGGAAUGUACUUGUAAUAAUAUUAAUGUAAAAUAUAGCCUGCAGUGCAUUCUGUUAUGAAUGUGAUAGCAAUUUUUAAAAAUGUAAUUCGUGCAAUGAUGAUAGAUAUUUAAUUAACAAUACUUGCAAAUGCAUUACAAAAUUAAAUGGAGGAUCAAUAAGUACAUUUGAAUAUAAUGGGAUGAUUAAAUGCUAAAGUAUAUGAUCAAAAUAAUUUUUAGAAUGUCAUUAUUCGUGUGGAACCUGUGGAGGAAUUGAGGAAGGAGAUUGCAUUACUUGUAUGGAAUCUGAGCAAAGAUUGUAAGUUGGAAAUACUUGUGUCUGUAAAGAUGGAUAUUUUGAUGCAGGAUUGGCUGAGUGUUAAAGUAUUAAUAAGAUUUUUACACUAAGAAUGCAGUUAUAAAUGUAAAGGAUGCACAAAGCAAUCUGAAAGUUGCACUUCUUGUGUGGAUAAUAGCUUCAGGGAAUAUAUUUCUGGUUUCAAAAAAUGUCAAUGUAUUCAAAGAUUUUAUGAUGAUGGGAUCAACGAAAUUUGCAAAUGUAAGGCUGUUAUUAAUCAUUUUAAGAAUGCCAUUAUACUUGCCUUAGAUGCAAUGAUAUUGAAACUAAAUGUGAAUUGUGUUCAAUUUUAUCAAACAGAAUUUAUAAUGAUUAGUUUUUUUCUUGUGACUGCAACAUUGGUUAUUAUGAUACUGGAGUUGAAAUUUGA